GAUCCCAGUCCUGAUUCCGAGCGAGUGUCUGCUGACAGCGAGAGGGAGGCGGGUUACCACUGUCAACUUCCAAAAAGUUGCCUCCAGACUUCAGACACUACUCCUGACUUGCAGAAAUUACAAUGGCUGACCGUUUCGACUGUGACAAUUGCAAAGAAUCCCUGUACGGCCGCAAGUACAUCCAGUCAGAUGAUAGCCCCUACUGCAUCCCCUGUUACGACAGCCUGUUCUCGAAUACAUGCGAUGAGUGUAAAGAACUGAUCGGCCAUGAUGCAAGGGAGCUCUUUUAUGAGGACCGGCAUUAUCAUGAGCACUGCUUCCGCUGUUUCCGCUGCGAUCGCUCGCUGGCAGAUGAACCCUUCACCAGCCAGGAUGAUGCAUUACUCUGCAAUGACUGCUACUGUAAUGAGUUCUCCUCCAAGUGUGUAGCCUGCGACAAGAUUGUGAUGCCAGGUACGAGGAAGUUGGAGUAUGCAGGCUCUACAUGGCAUGAGGGCUGCUUCAUCUGUCAUAGUUGCGAACAGCCGAUCGGUUCGAAGUCCUUCAUUCCUGACAAGGAUGAGCACUACUGCGUGUCCUGCUAUGAGGACAAGUUUGCUCCCCGCUGCACACGCUGUAAAAAGACCCUGGCUAAAGGGGGUGUGACCUACCGGGAUGAGCCGUGGCAUAAGGAGUGUUUUGUGUGCACCAGCUGUAAGACGCAGCUGGCGGGUCAACACUUCACCUCCCGAGACGACAGCCCUUACUGCCUCAAGUGCUUUGGCAGCCUGUACGCCAAGAAGUGCGAGGCCUGCAGCAAACCCAUCACAGGUUUUGGAGGAGGAAAGUACAUCUCAUUUGAGGAUCGUCAGUGGCACCAGCCAUGCUUCACCUGCUCCCAGUGCUCCGUUUCACUGGUGGGCGCCGGCUUCUUCCCUGACGGUGACAGGAUCCUGUGCCGCGACUGCCACAGCAACCUAUAGAGCUAUUCACAAUAUUCUCACCCUUCCCUUGACUUACCUUACACCCUUUGUCACAGCAUUUCAAGAACCCCGAGUCAUUACCGAGGAAGGUAACGCAGGCUAACAAAUGCUGCCUCUCAGGUCAUUUUUAUAUCAAGACGUCAGUUCCUCAUUGUCCAUGUCUGGAUCAGAUUUUCAUCCAGGAGCUAGUGCACAAAAUCCUGUGUUGAUGCUGCAUUGUUUGCAUGAACCACCACAAAGAUUUCCACUUUAACCAAAAAGCUCACUAUUUUGUGAAACAAACUUUAUGGAGUGCCUUAAGAAUAACAUUUCUUAGAUGUUAUGUACUAUUAAACCAAAUAAAUGCAAAAUGCUAGUCACUUUGCAAGAAAUUCCCUCAUAUUUUAUAUAAAUAAGUUGCCACUUCAGGUAUAGGUCAGGCUCUGAAGAGAAGACACAGAACACUGAUACAGUAUAGAACAGAAACCUUACAGUCUGUAUUUUCAAAGUAUGUGGGAGUUACUGUUUUAACGCUCUUAUAACUGCAGUUUUAUCAUUUUGAAUGUUGCUUUUUCUCACGUGUCAUUUAUCUUUCUAUAAUGUAUGUCUUGCGUUAUGCGUCUUGAACAAGUUACUGUAUAUAAUGAGAAAGAAGGAGGUGUUACACUGUUGUAAGAAGUGGCAAAAAAAAUUAGACCAAUUUAAAAAA